AUGAGCAGGCCGGACGCAACCGCGCCCAGCACGAGCGGAAUCACCGAUGGCAGCAGCGACAGUCCUGCGUGGAACGCAGACGUGUUGUGGAGGGUCUGGAAGUACACCACCAAAAACUGCGAAAUCACCAUGAACGCGCUGUACACACUGGACAGCUGCACCACAGACACGGUCACGCCGUGCGCGGUGACGAUCUCGAGCGGCAGCAGCGGCUCCUUCGCAAAGAUGAAGUCCCAGAUGCAGUACAAAAUGAGCAGCACGCCGCCAAUGACAAACAGGCAGAUGAUGGCCGCAGAGUUCCACUUGAACUCGUUGUCGCCGAACGAGAUGGCCAGCAGCACGAGCACGAGCCCGCCCACCAUGGGGCACGAUCACGGCGGCAAAACACAGGUUGAUGUAGAAACACCAUCUCCAGGUGGUGUAGGUGGUGAACACACCGCCGAGGAUCGGGCCGAUGACCGACGCCGCGACGAACGUGACGCUCACGAGCGCCAUGAUCAUCGGCUUCUUGUCGAUCGUGGUCACCUCGGUGGCUAUGUUCAUCACGCACGCCUGGAUCCCGGCGCCGCCGACGCCCUGGAUGGCCCGCCCGCCAAUGAGCAUGUUCAUCGACGUGGACACAGAACACACGAGCGAGCCGACCUCAAACAGGAAAAUCGACGCGAGCAUCACCCACCGUCUGCCAAAAAUAAUCGACACCCUGCCCCAGACCUGGGCUGUGCACCCGAUCCCGAGAACAAAGGACGACGUGAUCCACGUCAGCUUCUCGAACGAGCGGAACUUCUCCGACACCUGGACGAGGAUCGUGAAGCUGAUUGUCUGGUCGAGCGCCACCAGAAACAUGCACAACAUGAUGGAACUAAUGCACAUCCAGAGCUUGGCGCCGUGGAGGUACUGGUCUGCGCGCUUGGUGCCGUCGCCGGCGUCGCUCUCGAAGAAUUUGCGUCUCUGGCUCUCGAGCCGUUCCUGGCUGUCCUUAAACUCGUCUGA